AUGACCUCCACCAACAUCAGUGAAAGCAUUCCGUUCUACGAUGUGUUCGGUUACUACGAAUGGACGCUAACCCUCGCAGAUCCCCGCACGAAAGGCUGGCCAAUGGUAGACUCACCGAUUCCUACCCUCACAGGUGUCUGCAUAUAUCUGUUCCUCGUCUGGAUUGGUCCCAAAAUCAUGCGCGACCGGAAACCGUUCGAUCUUACCACCUUCCUGGUGCCGUACAAUUUGGCUAUGGCUCUGCUGAAUCUUUACAUCUGCCUGCAGCUUUUCAUCGGAUCAACCAUGCGUCGGUACAGCUACAUCUGUGAGCCCUGCCGGCAAAGUUUCCAUCCUGCGGAGCUUCGUAUUGUCGAUGCCGUCUGGUGGUACUAUUUCUCCAAAGUGCUGGAAUUCUCGGACACAUUCUUCUUCAUACUACGCAAGAAGGAUAAUCAGUUGACGUUCCUGCACGUGUACCAUCACAGCACGAUGUUCUCCUUCUGGUGGAUCGGUGUUAAGUGGGUUCCCAGUGGAAGCACGUUCCUUCCGGCAAUGGUCAACUCCUUCAUCCAUGUGCUGAUGUACACAUACUACGGCCUCGCUGCAGUAGGUCCGCACAUGAACAAAUACCUCUGGUGGAAGAAAUACCUCACGAUCCUGCAGCUGAUCCAGUUCACCGUGGCGAUGAUACUCGGCAUCAAUGGCAUCAUUACGGGCUGUGAAUUCCCGCUCUGGAUGCACUACACGCUGAUCGGUUACAUGAUCUCGUUCAUACUGUUGUUCGGUAACUUCUACGCCCAAGCCUACAUGCAGGGUAAACCGAUCCAACAGUUCGAGAUCAAUUGCAUCGAUAUGGGUGCGAUCAAAAAGUCCGAAUAAGACCUA